UCCACGGACAGAUGCGGGAACUGCAGGUAGCGGGAAAAAAACCCAAGACAGAGCUGGCCUCCCGCGCAGAAUUACUGCACUGCCCCCGACAUCAAUCUCACGGGGGAAACCUGCCGCCGGCAACUCAUAUUCUCGGUCCGCCGCCGGCUUCCCAUCUGCUCCCCCGCGCAGCUCGCGGGCAAGGAGGGGUUCGAUCCAAUCUUUCUUUCCACUUCCUCCUGAGUCCUGAACUACCAACGCGGCUGUAAAUCUCUGCCAUCGCCGUCCGCGUUCUUCCUCAUCGCAACAUCGUGCCCCUCCGCAAUAUUUGCCCAGUGGGUUCUAAGGUCAAAGACCAGAGUAUAAAAUAAAGGUGGGUUACUGUUAAUAUUUCAUAGAAUGGAGUCCUUGUGGAAGCUGUCCUAUUUGCUUGAGCCGGCGUCACUUGCUCUCAUCGUGACGGCUGUUUCAGUUGCCUAUGCAUCAGCGUCUCGUGCUCUGUACCAUGGCAAGGAGAUGGAGAGGAACUUGGACUUCUCGGAGGCCUCCAUCACACUUGAUCGGUCGCAGGCUCUCAUGAUCCCCCUUGCAAGCUCAUGCAGCCUACUGCUGAUGUUCUAUCUGUUUUCAUCUGUAUCGCACCUCGUCACCGCGUUUACCGCCGGAGCCUCUGUGAUGGCGCUCUUCUUCUGUCUGUCUCCAUCUAUUGCCUACGCCAAGUCGCAGCUCAAUCUAAUGGAUCCUUUCGUGUCAAGGUGCUGUUCCAAGUCAUUUACCCGGUUGCAAGGAUUGCUAUUGACUUUCUGCAUAAGCACGGUGGCAGUGUGGCUGGUAACAGGGCAUUGGUUGCUAAAUAAUGUACUUGGGAUUUCCAUAUGCAUAGCAUUUGUCAGUCAUGUGAGGCUUCCCAACAUAAAGAUUUGUUCGUUGCUUCUCGUGUGUCUGUUUGUCUAUGAUGUUUUCUGGGUCUUCUUCUCCGAGAGGUUUUUCGGAGCAAAUGUUAUGGUCUCUGUUGCCACUCAGAAGGCAUCUAACCCAGUUCACACAGUAGCAAACAAGCUUAGCCUGCCUGGGUUGCAGUUGAUUACGAAGAAGAUAGAGCUUCCGGUGAAGCUUGUCUUCCCUAGGAAUUUGUUGGGCGGGAUUGUUCCAGGAAGCACUCCUGGUGACUACAUGAUGCUUGGCCUUGGAGACAUGGCCAUCCCAGGGAUGCUUCUAGCUCUUGUACUCUCUUUCGAUCAUCGCAAGAGCAAAGGUGUGGCUGUUCCAUCAGACUUGUCUCCCUCCUCAAAGUGGCGAAAAUAUGUAUGGUUUGCGCUAACAGGUUAUGGUGUUGGCUUGGUAACUGCAUUGGCAGCUGGGAUCUUGUCUCAGUCGCCCCAGCCUGCUCUACUCUACCUGGUGCCCUCGACACUCGGGCCCAUCGUGUACCUGUCAUGGUUGAGGAAUGAUCUGUGGGAGCUGUGGGAAGGAUCUGGCACAAUUGUGAACGAGAAAGCUCAUUUGCUGGAAGUCUGAGAUGAUCCAACAUGGCCAUAAAAAUCACAACCUCCUGUGAUGUAAUCUAGUAAAAAAAAUCUGCUCCAAGCUUCUCAUUCUGCAGGAGAAUAUUUAUAAGAUAGUUUGGCCUUAGUAAUCUAAGCCUUUUACCAUGUUCUCACAAGAGGAAACAAUAUGUAAUUUAUCUGUAAUGGAAAGUGUUACUCCGUAUUAUAUUUGGUGAAAUUUUUUAUUCUCUCUUGCUCGAA